AGGUUAAGGAAUUGACUGAUGAAGUCCUGGCCCGUUUUAUGUCUGAUGACAAGGAAAAACUUCUGAAGAAGAUGACUCCUACUGACUUCGCACAAGACAAAGCUCUGUUAUACCGGAUCUGCUGCUUUAACUGGAUACCAACAGAAAAUCCGGGAUAUCCUAGACCAGACAGAGUCAAGAUGGUGUUUAAGGUCUGCAAUGGGAUUCCGAUUGACUUUGGGAAGCUGGUGUUUGAUCAGGUUGUGUAUCAGUCUCGACUAGGUAACAGAAAGUGGAAUCUGGUGUUUCCAAGCCUCAUCUAUCAACUGCUGUUGCGAGAGGCGCCAAUCGUUCAGGAUGCUGAGAUCUCCUUGACUCCGAUUCUCACCUACAAACGUGUAGCGACUCUGGUCUCAGUCAAACAGGAAGCUACCCAGACUAUCAAGAAGGAGCGAGGUCGAUCUGAAGCUCCUACUGUGAGAGCCGCUGGAUCAAAGACCAUCACCCGGAGCAAAGGUAGAAGUAAAGAGGUUUCCAUGUUUCUCAUCUUGAAUACCAUAUUGGCUUUGUUCAUUUCCUUUGCCAAAGCUUAUGAUCCAAGCCCACUCCAAGACUUUUGUGUCGCAAUUGAUGACCCCAAAAAUGGUGUUUUUGUGAAUGGCAAAUUCUGUAAGGAUCCUAAGCAAGCCAAGGCAGAAGAUUUCUUCUUCUCAGGUCUCAAUAAGGCCGGAAACACUGAUAAUGAUGUCAAAUCCAACGUGACAACGGUCAAUGUUGAUCAGAUUCCAGGGCUGAACACUAUGGGAAUAUCCUUGGUUCGCAUUGACUAUGCACCAUAUGGCCAAAACCCACCUCACACGCACCCUCGUGCCACCGAAAUUCUUGUCCUUCAAGAGGGAACAUUGUAUAUCGGUUUUGUUUCUUCCAAUCAAGAUAACAAUCAUUUAUUCGCUAAAGUAUUGCAACCAGGCGAUGUAAAUAUUGGGAAAACUCGUGCGGUGGCUUUUGCGGGACUGAGUAGUCAAAAUGCUGGUGUUAUCAGGAUCGCAGAUACUGUGUUUGGGUCGAUGCCUCAGGUUAAUCCAGAUGUUCUGGCUAUGGCGUUCCAGUUGGAUGUCAAUGUUGUCAAAGACCUUGAAGCCAAGUUUAAGAAC